AUGUGUGACGUUCACGGAAAUGGAAGAGUUCGUCGCAGUGAAUUCGCUGAGUUUGUGCGAUCACUAAAUGCCGUUGUUGGUGUGAGCAUCACUGAAAGCAGCCAGAAUCACGUCAUUGAGAACAUCUUGUAUCGGUCAGGUAAGACCGCAUCAUUGAGCUCGUUUGCCGUUUCAACAAUUUCGGAACAUCAGUGUCUCUCUCGCAACGUCUUGGGUUCUAUCGCCGCGUUCAUUGAGACUUACCGUCAACACAUUGCCAUCCUCUUCAUCUUCUGCUGCAUCAACAUCAUCGUGUUCUUGGAGCGAUUCUGGCAUUAUCGCUACGAGACGGAACACCGUGAUUUGCGCCGGGUGAUGGGCGCUGGUAUUGCGAUCACUCGCGGUGCUGCUGGAGCAUUGUCAUUUUGUAUGGCUGUAGUACUGUUGACAGUCUGCCGUAAUGUCAUCACCCUGCUCAGAGAAACACCUAUCGGAGAGUUCAUUCCAUUUGAUUCUGCCAUCGCGUUCCACAAGUCACCAAAGUUCUGGUACUACGCGAUUGGCCCCGUGGUAAUCUUCAUAAUUGAUCGCAUCAUGGGAAUGCGUCAGGAAUACAAGAAACUCAAAAUCCUCAACGCUGAACUAUUGCCGUCUGAUAUCAUUUAUCUGCAAUUCAAACGACCACUGUCGUUCUCGUUCCGUUCCGGCCAAUGGGUUCGGAUUUCGUCACCGGCAUUCUCCUGCGCCUUCAAUGAGUGCCACGCUUUUUCCUUGGCUUCUGCACCUCAAUCGCCUACGCUAGAGUUAUAUAUCAAGGCAGUAGGUCCGUGGACAUGGAAGAUGAGGUCGGAAAUUAUUCGAGCACAAGCGAGCGGUUCGCCUUACCCACUGGUCCAUAUGAAUGGUCCUUACGGCGACGGAAACCAGGAAUGGACCAACUAUGAAGUCGCUAUACUAAUUGGAGGAGGAAUCGGUGUCACACCAUAUGCUUCUACAUUGACUGAUCUCGUGCUAGAAACCACUUCCGGACGGCAUCAUAAGGUGAAAUGCAAAAAGGUGUACUUCCUCUGGAUCUGUCCCACACAUAAAAACUACGAAUGGUUCGUGGAUGUGUUGAAGGACGUUGAGGAACUGGAUGAGAAUAGGCUGCUGGAAACGCACAUAUUCGUCACACAGUUCUUCCACAAAUUCGAUUUGAGAACUACAAUGCUUUACAUUUGCGAGAAACAUUUCCGUGGCGAUCAUCAAGGCAAGUCGAUGUUCACCGGCCUCCGAGCGCACAACCAUUUCGGUCGCCCAAACUUUCGAUGCAUUCUUCUCCUACAUCCAGAGUGUUCACAGCGAGAUGCCCGAUAUCGGAGUGUUCAGUUGUGGUCCGUCUCAGCUCAAUGA